AUGGCCACGACCUCAGUCCUCGUCCGCCGGUGCAAACAUGACAUGCCAAUGUACAGAUAUGUUUGCUAUGAAGGAGAGAACACUGGGAGAAAAUUCCUGGGAUGUGGAUGCAAGGAUGAUGCAAUGUGUGACAAGAUUCAUUGGGUAGAUGGUCCAUGGCCAGUUGAAUUGAGGCAAGCUUUGUGCAAGCUUUGGCUGCAGUAUGAGCAUGAGAGGGACUCAAGAAUCCAUGGCAAUGUGGAGUAUGCAACAAAGAAUUACCAGUUGGUUUUGGCAAAGAGGGAUUUGGAGAAGAAGAAUUUGGAGCUGCAUAAACAACUGGGUAAUGCUUUGGAGUAUGUUGCAGAGGUUACCACUGAUGACUUGGAGCUUGAAACAGCAAGGAGGCAGAAGGCAGAGCAGGAGGUUGCAAGUAUGAAAGAAGAAAGGAAGAAAAUGGAGUGCUAUAUUGCUACCUUGCUUGAAGAAAAGAAGAAUCUGGAGUGCCAUGUUGCAGGAUUGAAUGAAGAGAAUAAGAUGCUGGAAGCUUCUGGUGCCACUGUGAAGGAAGAAAAGAGGAAGGUAGAGUUCUAUGUAGCAGAUCUUUUGAAGCUUACCCAUGACCAUAGAGCCAAGAUGAAGAAGAUUGCUGAGCUGUGUGAAGAGAAAUGA